AUCAAUUCGCUUGCUGCCCAUGGUUGGUUGAGUGUAAUUAAGCGGAGAAUCACAGUGGCUCUCCCGCUAAAGAGUACUAGUUUACAGUGCUGAUUUGCGUUAUCUCUGCCUAUUUUUAGUGUCGUAUCCAGUGUAGCCCGGUACAUGGGCAGCGGAGACGUUCAUGCUCUACCCACAGUAAGGUUGCUGCUGAUGCAUGUACUCUGUAGCGAAAGUAUAUGGAUUGGCUACCUCCCUGUCCAUUCUGGAAACAGCGUUCUUCGGUUGAUGUUUUGGUCUCACCAGUGUGGUUGAUAAACGACAAAAUGCUGCAACCACCAAACGACGACACAAGGGACGGCAAAGAGCCAGCGCCAGCAUGGAUGAAGGCACUGCGUUUCGCCCAGGGGUUUCUGGGCCUGGUGGUUUUCGCCAUGUCGGCGUAUCUUUCUAGCGGAGCGUAUCUCGAUGUGUUUGGCCUCGGAAUCGUGACGGCAAUCUUUACAUGGCUUGUCAUUUCGUAUCCUCUGCUUCGAAAGUCCAAAUGGCGCCGCUUCCACCGUCAACUGGUCAAAACAGUGCUCGAUGCGAUCAUGGUCAUCAUGUAUCUUGCGCUUUGGGCAGCGACAGCAUCACAGCGAGCGUCCAUUGGAGGUGGUUGCGACGAUGAUGAUGAUGACGACAACAAAGCCUACUGCAAAGCCUACUCGAAAAAUAAGACAUUCUUCCGCCGCGGCGGCAGCAGCAUUAUGGCGGCACUGGCAGGUGUCGGCGCUCUAACCUGGAUCCUGUUUAUCGCGACAUUCGUGUAUAAUCUUAUUCGACUUAUCAAAGAUUACAAGACCGAAAGGGAGCUCAAGAAGGGGCGCUCUGCAGAUGCCGACGGGGAACAGAAAGUAGAUGACACCGCUGGUGGCAACGAUCUCGAGGGCGGCUAUGCUAGACUCCAGCCGCCGAGUGCUGCCGAUGAGGAAGUGUCGCCAGUCCAGCGCUCGACGAGAUCGCCGCUUCACGACAACUAUCCCGUAUCUUCGAUUCACACAACACCCUCACCCGUUGGCGCUGCCGGCUUAGCGCCUCAUGGACAACCACUGCACACAGAAAGCUCAUUCCAGCAGCACCCUGGAGGCAUCUCAAAUACAGGAGAUGACCGUGAAGUCCAUACGCUGCAUGCCGUCGGCGCAGCGCAGCAGCCUCACUAUGGACAACAGGGCGGCUAUAACAACCCGGCAACGCUGGCUGCAGUGGCUCCGUCAGCAGAAUUGAGCUCGGGAGAGUAUAGCCAGCCGCCAACAGAGCUUUCUGGAGAUGGAACUGUCAUGAUUCAUCAAGCCGUCGAUUCGAAUAGAAUGUCAGAAAUGGUAGACGCAGUCGAGUUGGACGCGGGACAGCAUGCGCAGAACUGGAACCCUAGGGGGGCAGAGUUGCCAGGGCAGUAAACUCCUAUUUAGAUGUAUAUUUAUGCCGUCAAUGAAUUAUUUGAAUACCC